AUGAGACACGAUUUGGUGUUUGGGGUUGGAGACCAUGUGUUCUUUAAGGUGUCUCCUAUGAAAAGAGUAAUGAGGUUUGGUGUUCGUGGUAAAUUGAGUCCUAGAUUUGUUGGACCAUUUGAGGUUUUAGAUCGAAUUGGAGAGGUAGCUUACAGACUUGCCCUACCACUUUCACUAGUUGGAGUUCAUAAUGUCUUCCAUGUUUCGAUGUUGAGGAAGUAUAUACCGAAUCCCAAUCAUGUGAUUGAUCAUGCACCAUUGCAGUUUAAGGAGGAUUUGACUUAUGAGGAACACCCUAUAAGAAUUGUUGAUAAGGAGGAGUAA